AUGGCAACAUUAAAUGAAAAGAAGACCUGUAGCCAAAGAAUGGAAAAUUUCCAGCGUUUCUUAUGGAACCCAGAUACAGGACAGUUAAUGGGAAGAACCUUGAUUAACUGGGUAUGGAUCAGCCUUUACUAUGUUGCAUUCUAUGUGGUGAUGACUGGGCUGUUCUCACUUGCAAUAUACUCUUUAAUGAAGACACUCAAUCCAUAUACACCGGACUACCAAGAUCGAUUAAAAUCACCAGGGGUGACAUUACGACCAGAUGUGUAUGGCGAAAAAGGACUGGAAAUUUAUUACAAUAUUUCUGAUCAGCAAUCCUGGGAUGGUUUUGUUAAGACUCUUCAAAGCUUUCUUUCAGGUUACAAUGAAACUGCACAACAAACCAAUAUCAACUGUUCCAUGGAAGGAUAUUUCAUCCAAACGACAUUUGAUGGUCCAAACCACACAAAAUAUUCUUGCAAAUUUACACAAGAUAUGCUUGAUAAUUGCUCUGGUCUACUGGAUCCCAUGUUCGGUUUUCCAGAAGGAAGCCCAUGUUUAAUAAUAAAAAUGAACAGAAUUAUUAAUUUUCUUCCUGGUAAUGGUACAGAACCAAAAGUGAACUGCACAACAUUGAAUGAUGAGAGCCCACUGGAUAUACAUUAUUAUCCUAAAAAUGGAACUUUUAAACUCCACUACUUCCCCUACUAUGGAUGUAAAGCACAGCCAACCUACAGCAAUCCACUGGUAGCGGUAAAGCUUCUCAACCUCCCCAUAAACAAAGAAAUACAUGUGGUGUGUAGAGUUGUUGGUACUGGAAUUACUUCAGAUAAUCCUCAUGAUCCAUAUGAAGGAAAAGUGGAAUUCAAAGUUCGGAUACAAAGUUAAGCAGUAACAGCAUGGAUCAGCUCCUGAAGAGUUAAGAACA